AUGCCUGGAGGCGUAUGUGCUGUCCUCGACUAUGAGGUCGACAUGAUGGCUGAAUAUGUUGCCGAAAUGGCGGUUCGCGUUGUAACCCCUGAAAGCUCGGUCACUUCGGCAUUUCGCAAGUUCGUCACGCAGAUUCUUACAUCAACACGGCUCCCCAGCACCACAAUUCUCCUGGGUAUGAACUAUUUAGCCAAGAGAAUCAAUACCUUGAAAGGCCACGGCCCCUACAAGGCAUUCGAGGGUCAGGUCUGGCGGUAUCUAACCGUUUCCCUUCUUCUGGGCAGCAAAUUCCUCGACGACAACACAUUCCAGAAUCGAUCGUGGUCUGAAGUCAGUGGCAUUUCUGUAUCGGAACUCAACUCCUUGGAGUUUGAGUGGGUCCAGGCGAUGGGUUGGAGACUUUACGUCAAUUUGGAUCUUAGCAAAGACUACCAAGCUUGGCUUGACAACUGGGGCGAGUGGCAGCAGAUGAAGAAGCGACAGGCAGCACAGGCCAGCCGUGACAGGCUUGCUUCCCUGGUGCCUGCCAUCGACACGGAGCUCGCUAGACAUGGCAACAGUCACCAGUCACCGCAAUCGCGCUAUUUGCAGGAACAACUGGCUGAAUACGAACGUUACCAGGCUAUAAAGGGCCAGCAACACACCUACCGCGCUCGCGACGCUGCUUGGACUCAUAAUCCAUGGAAUGCUCCGCUUACACCCCCUGACUCGGGUUAUGGCACCCCGGAGUACGUCAUGUCCGCUACUUCAAGCAACGCCCGCUACAACGAGUGGUUCGCUCAGGCUGCAGCUCAGUACAGCAGCCGGUAUCCUCUGCAACCCGCUCAAAGCUCCUUCUUUCAGCAUCAUCAAACUCCCUUUGUUCCGCAUUUCUCGUAUAACCAUGGAGCAUGGGAUCAUGGCACAGCCGAGACUGGUUGUCCCAGCUGCGUUGGCCCGAUGAAGCAGACGCCAUAUUUCCAGUCCCGAGGGUAUGGCCAACCAGUAAUGGGUUAA